AUAAUUGUUGGGCAUAAUGUGGUUUCCUGUUCGUCUUUUAUAAUUAUAAGAGGCAGUUUUGCACAGAGAGCCAAGUUGGUCAGUUUUGGGAGCACAAAGCUUAAUUGUCCUCUGUCCGGAAUCAAGAAGGUCUGCUAUAGUGGAAGUUGAGAAGAUGAGUCGUCAACCAGCUGCUAAAACAAGUCACCAGCCAAACAAAGAACAAGAGUUGUACGAGCACGUCGAGAUGCAGGAACAACAAUCUCAUUACAUGACAAUCAAUCGCCCUAACCGCAUUGAAGUUGAGGACAAAUCCCAACUAGCUGGUCAAAUCUCCACUAAAAUCAAGAGGUGGAAAUGUGUUGUGAUUGCUCUGAUGACUGUAUUUCUGGUCAUUGCUCUAGUUGUGUCUCUGGUGGCUGUCAUCAUAUACAGUCCUCUGGCCAGUGGUGGAGACAACACUGAAUCAAGUGCAAGCACUGCCGGAGAUAAUCUGUUGUUGUUGAGGAUUCAACAGCUGGAGGAAACUAACACUGCUAAAGAAUCCCAGAUAGCCAGCAUGCAGAGCUUAAUACAGACCUCAACUUUGGCACAGAACAACCUUCGUCAAGAUUUGGACCGUCUCCGCACAAUCAACCUCUAUGAGGGCUGUAUCCAGGAGACCAGGACUUGUACGAUGUCAACAUCAUCAACCACUAGUUAUCACUCUUGCAGCACUAGUGGUGUGUCCAUCAAUCGUGGAGACACACAGUACUUCACAUCCAGCAUUUUGUGUGAUUUUUCCUUUACCAGCUACUUCACAUCCACCUCAUACUGGAAGAGUGGAAACAAUAUUUACUGCUCCUGUGAAGUUACCUAUCCCAGUGGUGGUAGUCACAGCUCAUUCUCGCCAAGUAAUAAUGCGGUCUGCACACUGACUGUCACCAAGUGUCCUUAUACUCGAAACCUACUGAUUUAAUAAGUAUUUUUCUGAAACUUAACUGAAACAUUAUGUGCAUGUAAUGAGUAGAAAGUUCUGUAGCUCUAUAUACCCCUCCGUACAUAGCUUAUAAUUAUAUAGUUACAUUUUAUCUGAUAUCUGUUGAUAUAUACUGCAGAGCCAUG